AGAGCGCAUGCCCCGCCCCGUGACCGUGGCCGUGACCGAGGGCUGCGCCGGGGCUGCGGCGCGGCGGGAGCGAUGGGGGAGGAGGCAGCGGGGGUGCGGCCCGAGCUGGUGCGCGAGGCGGAGGUCAGCCUGCUGGAGUGCAAGGUGUGCUUCGAGAGGUUCGGCCACCGGCAGCAGCGGCGCCCGCGCAACCUGCCCUGCGGCCACGUGGUCUGCUUGGCCUGCGUCGCCGCCCUCGCGCACCCGCGGACGCUGGCCCUCGAGUGUCCCUUCUGCCGGCGGGCCUGCCGAGCUUGUGACACCAGCGAUUGCCUGCCGGUGCUGCACCUUCUGGAGCUCCUGGGCUCCACCCUCCACGCGUCCCCGGCUGCCCUCAGCGCCGCCUCCUGUGCGCCCGGGGCUCUCACCUGCUACCAUGCCUUUGGCGGGUGGGGGACCCUAGUGAACCCCACGGGGCUUGCACUGUGCCCCAAGACCGGACGGGUAGUAGUCGUGCACGACGGUAAGAGACGGGUCAAGAUCUUCGAUUCCGGAGGAGGAGGUGCACACCAGUUUGGAGAGAAGGGGGACGCAGCGCAUGACGUGAAGUACCCACUGGAUGUCGCGGUCACCAACGACUGCCAUGUGGUUGUCACCGACGCCGGCGACUGCUCCCUCAAAGUGUUUGAUUUCUUUGGCCAGAUCAAGCUGGUUGUGGGAAAGCAGUUUUCCCUGCCUUGGGGUGUAGAGAUAACCCCUCACAACGGGGUCCUGGUGACUGACGCAGAGGCAGGGACUUUGCACCUGCUGGAAGCGGAUUUCCCUGAAGGGGUCCUUCGGAGAAUUGAGAGGUUGCAAGCUCACCUGUGUAAUCCCCGUGGGGUGGCAGUGUCAUGGCUCACCGGGGCCAUCGCGGUCCUAGAGCAUCCUUGUGCCUUGGGGACGUCAAGCGGUAACAACACAAGGGUGAAGGUGUUCAACUCCAGUAUGCAGCUGAUUGGCCAGGUGGACAGCUUCGGACUGAACCUCCUCUUCCCCUCCAAAAUAACCGCCUCAGCUGUGACCUUCGAUCACCAAGGAAACGUGAUUGUUGCUGAUACCUCUGGGCCAGCCAUCGUAUGCUUGGGGAAACCUGAGGAAUUUCCAGCCCUGAAGCCUAUGGUUACUCAUGGCCUUUCCCGUCCUGUGGCACUGGUCUUCACCAAGGAGAAUUCUCUUCUUGUGCUGGAUUCUGCAUCCCAUUCUAUAAAAGUCUUUAAAGUGAUGGAGGGUAAUGGAGGGUGAUGGGGAUCCCGAAGCGUGCAGUCAAAUCUUGGUGUCGUUGGGAGUGUCACUCAUCCAUCCAGAUGGGGAUGAUGGUAACUGCCUGGCGAAAGUGGUUAUUAAGGCAGUUAGUAAGGACUAAUAAUUAAACUUGUCAUUCAGUGAAUGCCUAUUCCCGUGUUAAGAAGUUUGCAAAUCUUAGCCCAUUUGCUCCCUAACACACGGUGAUGUCAUUCCUAUCAUCAGUUCAUUUCAGAGAUGAGAAAAUAGACGCAGAGCAUUCAAUAUGGUUUCUUUAGAGUUGUACUAACUGGGACAGUUGAAUUCAAUUCUGGCUCCAAACCACUUGCUCUUCAAUAUGAUGCCAGAGGUCAAAGAAAAAAACCCUGUGAGCUGUGUCUUGGGUGUGUUCUCCCUACAAGUCGAUAACUGGUUAAAUGCACAAAGACACAAAAGAAAGGGGUCUCCAUGGAGUUUUUCUUUAGGAGAAAAGUGAAGGUGUCUGUCACCUUUAUCUGUGACCUCCUCCAAAGGCAGAGUAGAUGGUUUAUUACCAAUUCCAAGAUUUGAACAAGGAACAAAGUUGAGCUUUUUCCCUAUAAGGUAAAGGCUGCCAGGAUGAUAGUGUGUGCUACUAAGUCUUCCAACACUUGGAAAGUGGAGGCAGGAAGUUCAGUGCAAUCUUACCUAGUAAGUUUGAGGCUAGGCUGGGCUACUGAAGUGUGUUAUCUCCCUCUCCUUCCCCCUUCCCCUCCUCACAUUCCCCCAUCUCCCUCCUCCCUCCCUCCUCCCUUUCACCAUCCUCCCUCCUUCUUUCCCUCUCCCCUUCCCUUCCUCCUCUCUCUUCCUCUCUCUCUCCCCCUUGCCCUCUCCCUCUCUCUCUCCCUGCCCCACCUCUCCUUCCUCCAUGGGCACUGGGAACUAUCCCUCAGUGAUAGUUAGAGAAAAAUCUGCAGACCUGCUGCCUGCUAGUGUCACAGGCAGAUGAGACCAGCGUUAAUCAGACGUCACCCCAGCACAUUGAUGGCAGGAGUGAUUUUAUGUGCUGUGUGGUGAAUCUCUGCCACCUGAAGCACUCUGUGAUGGGGGUUUUCUCUGUGUAGUUUGAAAUGUGACUCAAACACUGUAUACUCAAUAAACAGUCCUCGUCCUUUUAGAGUGCUGGAAACGUACCUUGAACUGGAGCACAGCCUUGACCAACAGAAGGGCUCCUCGGUGCUGUAAUUAAGGGAGGAAUAGGAUAUUUUUGGUGAAGUGCUGAUCCUGGCUACAUUUUUAUUUUUUUAAGCAAGUGAAGAAGUCUUUGAGUUCAGGGCUGUUGGAAUCAUAUCCAAUAACUUAUACCCCUGAAGCAACUUCAGAAUGCUUUCUGGGGCAUGCUUUUGAAAGGUGAGAGUUUGCUUUAGAUAAGAACUGAUGCUGUGGCCUGGAGAGAUGGCUCAGCGGUUAAGAGUACUGAUCGCUCUUCCAGAGGUACUGAGUUCAAAUUCCAACACCCACUUGGUGGCUCACAACCAUCUGUAAUGGGAUCUGAGGCCCUCUUCUGAAGACAAUGACAGUGUACUCAUACGUAGAUAAAUAAAUCUGUAAAACAAAAGAA